ACAAAGGUAGUGAGAGUGAACAGUCUCCACCGGCGGCUGGCCACCAGUGCCUCAGCUGACUUGAAACGCGCCUGGUCUACGCGGUCACUAUCAUACAACACUGCCCACCUGUUAUUAAUUAUCUCCGAGUCACUAACACUUUCAGACAAAUCGUGAGGAAGAUGCCGUGCCCAUUCAUGUCCCGCUUGUCGGCACAGUAUGUGCGUCACUACAGUUCAGCGCUGGUCCGCCAAUAUGGAGAGAUGUGUCCCGUGAUCAACACUAUUGCCCGAUCCAGAGCCUUCAACUCUCUCUCCUCUACAACCAAGGACCCCGUGGAAGGCGAGAAGAAAUGUCCUUUCCUGAAUGGCAAGAACUUGGUAAAGCAUGCAAGCCGAGAAGUACAAGAGGAUGUAAUUGAUCUCUCUGCCAGGGAGCAAGGCCCUGCUGGACUAGAAGUCAAACCAAAGGAAAAGGCAAAAUGCCCCUUUUUAGCUUCUCAGGUAACCCCUGAAAUCAAAGAUAAAGAGUUGAAUUUAUUCCCAUACAAUGAAUUUUUCCAAGAGCAAAUCGCUCAGAAGAAAGCGGACCAUUCCUACCGUGUGUUUAAGAAAGUCGCUCGUAUAGCUGACCAGUUCCCCAAAGCCAAGGAGUAUUCCUGGGGAGAGAAAGAUAUUACUGUAUGGUGUUCCAAUGAUUAUUUAGGGAUGUCUCGUCACGAGGAUGUACGUGCUGCAGUGCGGGCAUCCUUAGAUAAACAUGGUGCAGGAGCUGGAGGAACAAGGAAUAUUUCUGGUAACACUAUUCUGCAUGAAAGUCUAGAAGCCAAGUUAGCAUCAAUUCAUCAGAAGGACGCAGCUUUACUCUUCACUUCCUGCUAUGUUGCUAAUGAUUCCACGCUGUAUACUUUAGCCAAAGCUUUACCAGGUUGCCACAUCUUCUCUGAUGAAGGAAACCAUGCUUCAAUGAUUCAAGGGAUUCGCAACUCUGGGGUUCCCAAGCACAUCUUCCGGCACAAUGAUCCAAAGUCCCUUGAAGAGCUGCUAAAAUCAAUUGAUGUUGGUAUUCCAAAGAUUGUGGCCUUUGAAACUGUUCAUUCCAUGACAGGAGCUGUAUGCCCCCUAAAUGAAUUGUGUGAUGUUGCACAUAAGUAUGGAGCAAUUACCUACGUAGAUGAGGUGCAUGCAGUUGGUUUGUACGGUGAGAGUGGGGCUGGAAUAGCAGACAGAGAUGGUUUACACCACAAGAUUGACAUUGUUUCAGGAACUUUAGGUAAAGCUUUUGGCAAUAUUGGAGGUUACAUUGCUGGGAAUGGAUCUCUGGUGGACAUGAUAAGAAGCUAUGCUGCUGGUUUUAUCUUUACAACCUCACUGCCGCCAACUGUUGUAUCAGGGGCAUUAGCUGCUGUCAGUAUUCUUAGUGGGGCCGAGGGACGAGCCAUGCGUGCAAAACACCAGAAGGCUGUUCGUUACCUGCGGAGUUCACUCAUGGAAAAAGGAUUACCAGUGGAACAUUGUCCAUCCCAUAUCAUACCAGUCCAUGUUGGAGAUCCUUUACAGUGUACCAAAAUAUCGGAUGAACUGAUCCGUAACUACGGUCAUUACGUACAGGCCAUCAACUACCCAACAGUACCCAGAGGACAUGAAAAGCUUCGUAUAGCUCCCACCCCUCAGCAUACCCCUGCCAUGAUGGAUCGUUUUGUUGAUGACCUAAUAACCGUCUGGAAAGAUCUUGAGUUACCAUUGUGGGAUAGGAGCUGCUCUGAGGAAUGUACUUUCUGCAAGAAGCCCCUACUCUUUAACGCACUGGAAGCAAGGGAGCGAUGUAAUACAGAGUGUGACAAGCCAUAUUGUCCCCAGUUUGUUGAAUGCUUUUAACAGUAACAGAAACAAGUUAGUACUGAAUUAUGUCAAAGGUUUUGACUGAAAUUAUGAUAAAGGAUGAUGCUGGAGUUCCUUUUGAUGGUCACCAUCAAAUUUUAGUUCUUCAUUGUUUAUUUUUUCUUUCAUCACUGAAGAAAUUUAAUCGUUUUUCCUAUCAAUUAUAUUUCUAUGUUAUUUAAAUACAGUAUAAUUAUAUCUGCCAUUUAUAAAACAUCAUAAAUUUUUUUUCCUGUUUUAGAUUAUUUAGGUGCGGGUAUUAUAAUUAUGCAAAGUGAGUUUUCAAAAAGUAUUUGUACCCACACUUUUUCUAGUUUAAUUUAUUGAGUUUGACAAUGUUUGGUAUUAUAAAAUAUAUAUUUUUUAUUUAUUUAUUUAUUUUUUUAUUGUGUACUGAAUUACAGUAUUUGCAGUUUUGCUGAUGUGUGCACUUGCACUAUUGGUUGAUGGUGAUCAUUUAUAAGGUUUAGUGUGGAAUAGUUCUGUAGAAGCUUAAACUUGUGAUGCAAUAUAUAAAUGCCGACACUGCAUAAUGUACACAUGUAUUAUUCAGUGCACUUGUAAAGAGGCAGCAAACUUGCUUCUUUUGGGAGAAAAAAUUAUGCUAAUCAUAUGGUGAUUGUCACAGUUUUGAAAACACAUGAUUGUAACCUGGAUGGUUCUUAACUGAUUUUCUCAAUUUGUGUUACAACACCAAAAUAUAAUGUCUUUCUUUUUUCUUUUUUUAAUCGUGUACUUGUUGUGUGUAGAGGAGCUGUUUCUCAAGAUCUUCAAAAGGCUCAUUGUAGGUGUUGACUUACAGUAAUUAACAACAUCAGAAGUUUACAGAUAGAUAACUGUGUUGGAAAAUAAUGAACUAAUUUCCUCCUGCUAUAUAUGAGUUUCUUAUCUGUUUGAAAGCUCAUGAACAAAUGUACUAGUCCUUAACAUGUUUAUUCAACCUGGUUUUAUUCUUGUUUGUAAUAGGUAGACACUGGUUCUGUGAUAUUUUAAAUUAUCAGAUAAUGUUCCUGUUGAUAUGUGGAGGUAACAAGUGAUGCGUACCAUCAGAUGAAAUUUUUAAUUCAUUGUUAGGUUUCUAUAAAAGUGUUGUGUAUAAUCUUAAAUUUGUAUUAUAAAUGUGCUGGAAAUUUUUUCAAAGUAAAAGAUCAUUUAUAUGUGUGGGUCUCCUGUUGAUUAGCAUAAUUUUGAAAUAGGUCUCACAUGCAGCUGUAGUAGAUACAAAAUUAUGUAGCAAAUUAACCUUGCACAAGGAUGCUGUAUAUAACCACUAGAUGUAAAACUAUUGUCCUCUCACUGUCAAACUUUGCACUUUUUGGAAGUUAUGGCUGUAAUUCACUAAAACCUGACCCUCACACAGGCUGUAUAUUUUAAACACAGACAGUUCAAUAAUAUGCAAAUGUAACUGUUUUUUUUUCUCUUUUCUGAACUUGAUAUAAACUCUGUGUCAAUCAAUAUUUUACAAUUCAAUUAUUAUAUUUCAGUUCAUUAUUAGUUCUUUUAAGUAGGUUCACCAUUAUGAUUUAUGUUUAUGAUUAUUAUUAUUAAUUUUUUUAUUUCCUUGAAUUUAAUUGUCUAAUUAGAGAGUACAGGUAAUUGGUGAUAGAGGAAACAAACCGCAAACACAUCAUGAGGUACUCUGGUUUGAUCCAGGGCAACAGAGAUGAGAAAUAUGCUAUUCUCUCUGUUGUUCACAUAGCUGUCUUGCCUUUCCUUUAUCCAGUAUUUCUCGAAUCUUCCUCGUUGAAAUCCUACUACCCAUUAAACUACCGUACUCGUUUUUUUCUCUCUCUCUCUCUCCAAUUAUGCCGUGAUUUUGAUCAGGUCAUGUGAGGCAAUGGCAUUAGAUGACACUAUAGGGCUUUCCCAACCUGACUACUCAUUCAUAUACAUUUUACACUGUAUGUGUGCACAACCUUUCAAAAUGAGUCAAGUCUUGAAUUAGUUCUUCAACAAAGCUAAACAGUACAAGUGAUGUAUUUGACAGCCCAUUAUCUUAAAAAUUCCUAUUUUUACUCUGAGCAUUUUGUAGAAUUACAUGUCAUAUAUGGUACAUGAUCUUCCACUGGCAAUUCUGGAGACCAACAACUGUGUUCUUGCAUUUCUAUGCAUUUCAUGUCCCAUUGUUAUGUUUUAUUGUAUUCAAAGAUAUAUAUAUAUAAUGAAUGAAUAAUAUAUUUUAAAAAUAAUGUAACUUUUAGCAGCAUUUACAAUAAAGUAAAUUACUGGUGAACACUGACAGUAUGACACCAUGAACAAUUGUAGCACUAAUAGAUGUCUUACAGAGCAUGAAA